UCCGUCGUCUGUGGAAGUACACUCUGACUCUAUGCUGCAGGGACAGAUUAGUUAUGGUUCUGCUGCCGGACGCCACUGCCGUCUGCUGUGUGAUCGUCCGCCGCUGCCGGGGGGGGCGGAGGAGGAGGAAGAGACGCUGUGAGCGCAGAGGUCGAGUGGGAGAUCGGCUACCUCCAAACCAACGGAGGCUCCUCACCAUAGACAGGGACAAAGUUAAAAGCAUGAGUUCACGGCGCACAGAUGUUAAGGAAAAUCGGAACUCGGACAACCUCUUCUCCAAAGAGGGGGUUGCAGCUGACGCUACUCAGCUCCCCAAUGGGAGUGCUGGGGGAGGAAGGAAAAGGAAACGUCCCUUAGAGGAGGGCAAUAACGGGCAUGCCCAUUCCAAGUACAGGCCCAAGAAGCGUAAGAAAGUCACUGGGCCCAUUCUGCCUAAGAAUGCCCUAAUGCAGCUAAAUGAGCUCAAGCAAGGGCUGCAGUACAAACUGCUCUCUCAGACCGGGCCGGUCCAUGCGCCCGUCUUCGCGAUGACCGUAGAGGUCAACGGGCUGCUCUUCGAGGGUUCUGGUCCUACGAAGAAGAAGGCCAAGCUGAACGCAGCGGAGAAGGCCCUGCGCUCCUUCGUGCAGUUCCCCAACGCAUCCGAAGCGCACAUGGCCAUGGGCCGGUCUCUGUCUGGUCACACAGACUUCACCUCGGACCAGGCGGAACUUCCUCACAUGCUCUUCAACGCCUUUGAGACAUCCAGUCCCGUAGAUGACCCGUUUUACCUCGCAUCCAACAGCUCUUUCGGAAUCAAGUACCCAUUGCUACCCUCCCCUGUCCCACCUUUACCCCAACACCCUAUGGGGGCACCCUUACCCCCACACCCUAUGGGUGCACCCUUACCCCCACACCCUAUCGGGGCACCCUUACCCCCAGCCCCAUCCGCCUUCAUGUCCCCUACAAGCAGCAAGAACCCUGUCAUGAUCCUGAAUGAGUUGCGGCCGGGCCUAAAGUAUGACUUUGUGUCAGAGAUCGGGGUGAGCCACGGCAAGAACUUUGUCAUGUCCGUGACCGUAGAUGCGCAGAACUUCCAGGGUUCUGGGCGGAACAAAAGGCUGGCCAAGGUCCGGGCUGCACAGGCGGCUCUGUUUUCUCUGUUUAACAUGCAGCUGGAUCAGGCUCCGUCCAGACAGCCGAUACCCAGAGAAGGACUGCAGCUUCACCUGCCACAGGUCCUGGCAGACGCCGUCUCUCGUCUGGUCGUCGAAAAGUUCAGCGACCUCACCGAGGACUUCACGGCUCCACACGCUCAACGGAAAGUUCUGGCUGGUGCCGUCAUGACAACGGGCACAGAUGUGAAGGAGGCUCAGGUGAUCUGCGUUACCACGGGAACAAAGUGCAUCAACGGGGAAUACAUGAGCGACAGAGGUUUGGCCCUCAACGACUGCCACGCUGAGGUUUUGGCUCGCCGCUCGCUCGUCCGGUUCCUGUACUUGCAGCUGGAGCAUUUCCUCAGUGACCAGGAAGAGGAGCAGCAGAAGUCCAUCUUCAGCCAGUGUGAACACAGACGAGGUUUUAGACUGAAGGAAAACGUUCAGUUCCACCUUUACAUCAGCACAUCGCCCUGCGGAGACGCCCGCAUCUUCUCUCCGCAUGAAGCCGCCAUGGAGGAUCAGGGUGAUAGACACCCAAACAGAAAGGCCCGCGGGCAGCUGCGCACUAAGAUCGAGUCUGGUGAAGGAACCAUCCCAGUCCGCUCCAGUAACCCCAUUCAGACGUGGGACGGGGUUCUCCAGGGCGAGAGGCUGCUCACCAUGUCCUGCAGUGACAAGAUAGCCAGGUGGAACGUGGUUGGACUACAAGGCUCUCUGAUGAGCUACUUCACCGAGGCCGUCUACUUCUCCAGCAUCAUCCUGGGCAGCCUGUACCAUGCAGACCACUGCUCCAGAGCCAUGUACCAGAGGAUCACCGAGAUCCAGGACCUGCCGCAGUCCUUCAGCCUCAACAGACCGCUGCUCAGCGGAAUCACGAACACGGAGGCUCGUCAGCCGGGAAAAGCUCCUAACAUCAGCAUGAACUGGACGCUGGGAGACCCAGGCUUGGAGGUGAUCAAUGCCACCACGGGAAAAGAUGAUCUGGGCCGACCCUCGCGGCUCUGCAAACACGCUCUGUUCAGCCGCUGGAUGCGCCUCCACUGCAAGCUGUCAUCCAGCCUGCGGAUCCGAACACUGCGACCUGGCAGCUACCAGGAGGCCAAGGCGUCAGCGGCAGAGUACCACAGCGCCAAGCAGACACUCUUCAGAGCUUUCCACACAGCCGGGCUGGGCACCUGGGUGAAGAAACCCGUAGAGACGGACCAGUUUGCUCUCGCUGACUGAGGUAGAGAGUUAGUGUUUGGUGUCUUUGACAGAACACAUGUCUGGGAUCAGUUUUAGCGGAGUAAGCCAUGGACUGGAAGAACGAGGUAUGAAAUCCACAUGUCCGAAUCCAUGGAUUUAAUGUUCCACCUUUUUGUCAUGCACUAAAAGAAAGCUAUUUCGGCAAUUUUUCUCAAAAUAUUCAGACUUUUGUUCUUUAAGUAUUCAAGGUUUUUCGCAAAAUAAUGCAAGCCUUUUUUGCAAAAUAUUCUGACUUUUUUCUAAAAUCCAUGGAUUUGGUGGAAAAAAAGCCAGUAUAUUUUAACGUUCCACCUCUGUUUUAAUAGCCUAAUGCUGCUCCCUCUCAGCCAGCACUAUACAUGCUUAUUCAGUUAGGCAACUUUUUACAAGGGACAAAUGUAAAAAAAUUUGGAAUUGUAAACUGCAUUGCUGGCUAAUAUGUGUGAUCAUAACAGAUUGGUAGGAAAGCUACCGUAAAAGGUUUAUCGUGUAUCAGUGUUGUGAAACUUUACAAUGUCCCCCUGCAGUUUGUAAAAACUGUUUUUUCUGCUUUCUUGCAGUUGCACAUUUAAGAUCUCAAAGAUAUUUUCAAGCUGAGAAUAGGCACACUCAGAAAAAGUCAGGAGGCUGAGUCUCUCAA